GUCGGAAUGAAAACGAAAGCGAGGGACACUUUUCUAACUUUCACUGACAUUAACCUGACUUUAAAAGAAAAGGCUAUUCUCACAAACAUCAAUGGAGAAGCCAAAAGUGGACAGAUUUUGGCGAUCAUGGGUCCCUCAGGUUCGGGAAAAACAUCUCUCCUCAACAUUCUGGCAGAGGAUCUUCCAAUGUCAUCAGGAACUGUAACUGUGAAUGGAAAGCCUUUUACAAAGUUACAAAAGCGAAAACUUGCUUACGUAAUACAGAGUGACAUUUUUUUGACAAAACUCACUCUGAGGGAGACAUUAUACUUUACCGCAAUGAUUCGAAUUCCUGAUCACGUGUCAAAAGCAGACAAAAUGGCGCGAAUCGAUGAAAUUGUAGAUGCGCUUCAUUUAAGAAAUUGUCUAGACACAAUUAUUGGUGACUACAUGCAUCGUGGAUUGAGUGGAGGAGAGAAAAAGCGAGCUAACAUAGCGUGUGAACUUCUCACAGAUCCUAACAUUAUGUUAAUUGAUGAGCCCACUUCCGGUCUUGAUUCUAGCACUGCUCACGUGCUGAUGGAAGAACUGAAGGACUUUGCCUCUCAGUACAACAAGACUUUGCUGAUUACCAUACACCAGCCUUCCAGUCAAAUCUUCCACAUGUUUUCUACACUACUCUUACUUGUCAGGGGUCACGCAGCCUACUUUGGGGGUGCGCAAAUGGCAUUGAAAUACUUUAGUGACCUCGGCCUUGACUUUCCAGGCCAAUAUAAUCCAUCUGAUAUUCUGUUAGAAUUACUUACAACAGACGGAGAAGUAAUCAAUAAAAUCAUUAAAGCAUCGACAUGGAAAGGCAAAAUACAAAACACGGAGAAGGAAAACUGUAUAGGUAAUGGCGUAGUUAACGGUAUUCACAGUAAAGAAGGAGAUGAAAAUACCCAGAAUUCCGUGUUGGGUCUUGGUUACUACGAAACAGAUACAUGUACAUCCGAAAUAGUGUUGGAUAUUUCCUCUUUGGAAAAAGGUGUUCAAGCAAGAGUGGAAACGACAGGACCCUCGCACAACAAGAAAUGGCCGACCUCGUUUUGGACACAGUUCAAAUUGCUUUCUUGGCGAAAUGCCAAACAAUCAAGAUGGCGGAUUUUUGACGACUGCGUCCUGGCGCAUGCGACAAUCGUUGCUAUUGCGUAUUGUGUUUUGUAUUAUCAGAUACCCGACACAAUUGAGACGCUUCGCGACAGAAUGGGGGCCGUUUUCUUUCCUUUAGUAUUUUGGGGAUUUGCUAUGGUGACAGACUCUGUGACUAGUUUUAUAGGAGAACGCGAAGUGGUGGUUAAGGAGAGGAAAGCAGGGGCAUACCGAUUGUCCGCGUACUACAUAGCCAAGAUGGUCAGUGAACUGCCAAUGCUCAUCAUAGUCCCUAUAGUUCAACUUUCUGCCAUGUACUGGAUGGCUGGGAUAGGAGGACCAAUAACAUUUGCAAUGUACAUCGGGAUCAACCUUCUAAAUUGUUUUACUAACCAGAGCAUUGGAUAUAUUAUUGGUGCUUGCGUUCCAAAGUUCAAAUACAGCAUAACAACCGUGAACACAAUAAUGGUCCUAUUCCUCAUAUUAGGUGGAUUUUUCAACACUCAUUUUCCUAGCUGGUUUGCCUGGGCUAAAUAUCUAUCUUUCCUGUACUAUCCAUUUGCAGCCAUUGUGACCUUGUUGUUUGGAGACAUUGAGCCUUUCAGAUGUGGCUCCUCCCAAACGUUUAAAAAGUGCCAAAACGAAACAGAAGUUGUAAGUGGAAGUGACGUUUUGCAUAGUAUGGGGAUUGACAUCCCUGUUUAUUGUAGCAUUGGAAUGAUGGCUGUAUUGGUUGUAGUAUUACGUAUCAUGGGGUAUUUUGCUUUAAAAUACAGAUUGUAAAACA